UUUACGAUGAUUUUUUUUCUCUUUUUUGCAUUGCCUCUGUUCUUCUAUUUACAAUAUACAAUACAGGUAGACAAUAUAAGAGAAUUGGGGUUAAAUAUUACGUACAGCAGGAAAGUAUUACUUGUCUAAAGAAAUUAAUUUAUUAUAAGCAAUUUAUUGAGGCAAGAGACAAUUACAAACACCUCCACGAACCGGAAGUCGACGAUAAACUUGAAAAAAAGAACAAUAAAAUUAUAGUCACAGAUAGUAGAGACUAUACAUUCAUUUUGUUAAGAAAAUAAGAAUAAUAUUACUGAAUCCAGGGAGAGAUAACGUACAAAGAAGAGUAACAAUUUGUACGAGUAAGCUUGAUUUACAUAAGGAGAAAAUAGUAAGUUAUAUGGGAUUGUUAUUAAGAUGAAUAGCAGUGCGGCUGAAAAUUUCAUUAAUUCUCUGGUGAGAAAUCUCCAAGUGCUCUGCCACAGUAAUGUUGAAUUUGAUGAUGACAUAGAAGUAGUUGGACAUCUCUACCUAAAAGUUGACAAGGCCAAAAAAUUUAAUUACAUUGUUGAUGAGAAAGUGUGUAAAAAUGAUGCCUCAUCUACCGUAUUUGUUAGUAAUAGUUAUCAUUCCUGUAAUCAAAAUAAAACUAAUGACACCGAUAGCGAUAUACAUAAACCAAAUCAGGACACUAUAUCAUCGCCCAGAGACACAUCUAAUGGUGGUAGCAGCAAACGUGAUGCAAAUAAGUCAUUGAUUCAUUUCUCCAAUUCAUUUACUAAUGAUGAACCACCAUCUAAAAGUCAAAGACUAAAUGUAUCACUCAGCAGUCAGGAUGUAAAUAAAUCUUUCAAACCACGAAUAAAACAUACAUUUAAUAGAAAUACCACACAAAUACCACCAAAGUUAAAAACAGAAGAACCAGAUCAUAUAGACUUGACUAAAAUAAAAAGUGAACCACCGGAUGAUGUAACAGAAAAUCUCAAUUGUUAUUUUGAAUCUCCUGGAAAGAGUCAUAAUAGUUCAGAAAAUGAAAGCAGGGCAAAUAUUACAGAUACUGGUCAGUUAAAUGAUGAUGAAUUUUUUGCUAAUAUCAAAGAAAAGGCAUUUGGGAUUCAUCCAGUGGCACUUAUUCCUAAUGAAUUAUCACAAUCGGGUCACGAGUCAUUAUCACACUACUCACAAGCAUCUACCUCAGCCUCUAAUUUCAACUUACAUAAUCCUGAUUUAUCCCAAUCAUCUGAUGCAGUGAGUAGUUUAAUGCAAAUACAUUACACAGCUGAAGAUUUGAUUUUGGCCACAUCAAAAGCAGCUCAAAGUAUGUUCUCUUUAAUCUUACGUAAUGCUGCUGAUUCUGUGGGAAUUUGGAGAACAACACCAAAAUUAAAUUCUGUUCCUCAAGAGGUCAAAGAUGAGUUUUUUAGUAUAAUAUGUGCUCCACCAAAUGAAGGACUAUCUGAUUAUAAAGAUCAGAUUUGGAACAUUUUAGGAACUCGAUUAAUUCAUAGAAGAUAUAACCAGAAAAGAACUAAAUACACAUGACAGUAUUUUUUGAAACUAACUAGUCACAUUUUUCAGUUUCCUGUAUUAAAUUUUGUUGUUAUUGAUUACCCAAUAUUUGUGGUUGAUUGCUAUUUUGUUUUAAGUUUCUGGUGAAUAUAUUGGUGGUAAAGUGAAUAUGAAAAGAUCUACUAGACAAUGAUAUCCCAUAGAAUGUCAAUCACAAAAUCUAACCAGAACUGCAAUUCAGCUAUGCCUAGUUUCACCGGUGCCAUUACCCUUUGAACUGAAAAGCUUCCCAUACUUUCCUAUGCCUUUUGAACAUUAAUUUUAUUUUAAUAAAACCAACAGUCUUUUAAAUCCUUCAUGGUCAGAGAUAAUGAUAUGUACUGAAAGUUUUAUCCUAUGAAAUGAAAACUUGGUCUAAAGUUAAAAAAAAAUACAAGAUGACAUUACAUCAGUAAUCAACAAAAUGUUUACCGGUAAAUUUAUUACAAAUAAUUAAUCUUUUGUGAAAAAUGCCAAUGUUGAGAUCACAACUUUUAUUGAUGCUUCACUGGGACAAGUAUAGAUUGGUUUGUCCAGAUAUGACAUCAAUGGUUUGCAAGUUUUUGGUUUGAUUGCUGCCCUGUUUGCACAGUCAAGAAUGGAGGCUUGGUGUAGAAUUAUGAAUUAUUCUACUAGAACUAGAAUACAUACAAGGCAGGAAAUGAAAUGAAAUUGUUUGUUUGUGUUUUACAACUCUCAUUUUCUGGUUGUUUAAUAAUAUUAGAUAUUGCAGUAGUCCAAACUUACCAUAAUAUCGACUAUAUGUUCUAAUCACAUCAUGUUUGCUUGUCAUCCAAUCAAUACUCCUACUUAGCAGCAAUAUUGUUAUAAAAUCUGUUCUUCAAAUGCUUUUCUUGUCAUUAAAAAUAUGUACGUUUCAACUAUCACUGAUUUCCUGCAGUUGCCCUAGUGGCAGCAGUACCACAUUUUCGUUGAGUACAAGAUCAAAGGUUCAAUUGGAUGACCGAGAGAUUGUAAUUUAGAUAUGAAAAUAUAAACGCCAUUCUCUGGCCCUUAUUUAAUCCACAAUCGAGGGUCCUAUUUAAAUUGUAGCUAUUACAUUUGAUAGGGCCUCUUUGACACCAUAAAGGGCUCCAUGGGUAAUUUUAACUUCAAUAAACUCCCCUGUAGACAUGGUUUGAUCUCCCCUGUAGACAUCUAUAUACAUAAGUAACUGUUUGUCUUUAAAAAAGACUGACUGGGAUCGUACCUUGAUUAAGUUUGAAACUCAUGUUCUAAUACAAAAACAUGUUCAAUAUUGUGUUCUAAUACAAAAACAUGUUCAAUAUUUCUAUUUCAUUAAAUUUGUGUUACUUGCUCAGAAUAUACCUCAGAAUGCACCAAAUCAAAUCCUGGGUUCCCUCCCUCCCCAGCAAGGUUAAUCCAUCCCGGAGUGACAGGAGUUGUACGACCUUAGGAUUUCAGAAGCUACUGGUUAGAAGGAGGAGUAUCCAAACCAUGAUUUCAGAAGCAGAAGCUUCUGGGUGGAAGGUGUUCACGACAAGGAUUUCAGAAGUAGAGUGAUCUGGACCACUAUUUUAGAAGUAGAAGCUACUGAAUAAAUAGAGGCCUAGGACUGGGAGUGAUAGCGAUAAAUAACAUAAGGAAGUAUUCAUUUAAUGUCAACCACAAACAGUGUGCUUAAACUUGAAAUUGAAUAAGGUUUUACAUUCAUAACUUCUAAGAUAUUUACCUGCAAAUAUAGUUUUAUGUUUAUCAAUCAGUGGUUAUGUAUUUAAGAACCCGACCAUUAAGGAAAUGUAUCUAUAAUUGGUAAUAAACAUGAAAUUUUAGGAUUAUGAAAAAUUUCACGAAUGUUGUAUUGUAAUUUGGUUCUUUUAUAUUGUGAUGGUACUUCAUUUAAUUAAUGUCUAGAUGUUUGCAUAGAUUUCCUUUCGGUUUUAAACCAUUCAGCUUUACAUGGCAACAUGAGGCUGAAUAAUUGUUACAAAUCUCAGAAAAACUACUUGGAUUCCAUGGGUGAAUUUACUGUUUUCUGAUGUAUAAAUUAAGUAUAGUCUGUGAGAAAGAAUUGUUGAUAGAUUAUUUGCACCAGGUAAAUAUACGAUAAUUGGCUGACUUGUAAAGUUGUAACCAUAUUACUUUAUACAUGUAACAG